AUGUCAUCGCCGCGAACGCAUGUCAUCGACUUGGGCUGCAUGCCGCGCGAGGAGCUCAUCGAAAUCGCCAAGAAGCAGGCGAACCAAAUCCGCGAGAAGAACAAGCGCAUAUCAGCCAUGGAGACGUUCAUCGAAAGUGUCACCGGCGCGCCAGCGGAGGAGAGCCUCUCGCAGUCCUCGCGCGGCUACCAGAGCGCCCCUAUGCACAACUCGAGUACGGAAACAUCAGCCUUCUCCGCUGGAUCUGGCACUGCCACAGAUGCCACCGCUUCCGCAUCGCAGCUGCGUCAACUGCAGCGGGAGCUGGAGGAACAACAAGUGCAACACAUCUUGCGUGUCUCAGAGCUGGAGGAGCAGCUGCGUGAGCGGCAGCGCGAAUAUGACCAGCUUCAGGCGAAGGUGGACACGUGGAAGACGAAGGUCAUGACCGUCAUGAUGGCCGACCAGGAGCGUAUCCGCGGCCUAGAAGCUCAACUGGCAGCGGCCACGGCCCCUUCACUGGACUCUGGCGAACCUGUCGCUGCCCAGCACCAGCAGCAACAGCACCUCCAGGCUCAGGUAUCUGCUCUUCAGCAAGAGCUCUACAGCGUUAGGGAGGCGCUUCAACAAGCUCACUCUCAGCUUCAAGAGCAGCACUGCUCGUCAGUGCAGCCCACAUUGCCGUCUGCCGCUGCCACAUCGAUCACGGAGAGCUUCUUGGCGAAGGCGCCGCCGGCAGUGCUUAGUUCACCGCCCUCUCUUCCAUCCACAGGGCUCUUCGAUAACACCCUCUCUGUGCCCCCAGCACAGAUGGCUGCAGCUGACAUUCCACCUGAAGUGCUCGAGGACGCUGUGCAGGCCAAGCUAGCUUUGUGGAAGGAGCGAGUCAAAGGGGCCAUGCUGGAGGACAAGAAUCGCAUUCAGGAGCUUGAGGCGCAGGUGGCGGCGCUGGAGACUGCCACCAACGCUGCCCAAACUUCUGCUGCAGAGCAUGCGACGGAGAUGAGCCGCCUGCAGGGGGCGCUAGAGACCGCGGAGCGCGAGCGCGAGAACGCGGUUGUCGCAAUGAACUCUUUCAGGGAAAAUAUGGAGGGGUGGAAGGAGAAGGCGCAUAGCUUCUUGGAGAAUGGUGAGAUGCAGCGUCGUGCGCUGGAGGCGGAGGUCCAGCGCUUGAAGGAGGACCAGCUCGCUGCUGCUGCGCCGGUGGAACGCAAGGAGACGUGGUCGCAGACGGAUGUGGCGGCUGACGUAUUGGAGAACAGUACAACGGUGAGCCCUGUUGCGGCUGCCGUGCAGGACGUUGAGGUGCAGGCCUCCGUCACUACGGACGUUCCUUUCAGUGUGCACAAGGAUAUGUCUUUGGUGCCGAGUCCUGUGGUGCUGCCCGAGUUGCACCGGCACAGCUUGCAGGCUCUGUUAGGGGAAUGUGAGCGCGUGGCGGCCGAGAACAAACGACUCCAUCGCGCUGUCGCGCAGCUGUUCAGAUUCCGGGAGGAAGUGAUGCGAGGGGUUCGCGCGGUUGCGGCACCGGGAGGUGCCGCUGCGCUAGGAAAGAUGCUUGAAGAAGCGGUGCAUGUGUAG